AGCAGCAGCAGCAGCAGCAGCAGCCGUAUGUGGUUGGUAGUAUCGCGACAGCUUAGGGAGUUUUCACCGCUACAUCACCAACUAUGGAAUAUGAGCAAGACCAGCAACCCAAGAUUCCAUCGUCACCCUCCGAUUCCACUUCGAUUGCUGCCACAACCAUGCCUACGGAAUAUGCGGAGGAGCAGGAAGAGGAAGAGGAGGAAUGAGGCGUUUAACGAAUCUAUUUUUCUUGAACCUUUUCUUCAGUUUUAUUUUUUUCAUUUCGGGUUCAUGUAGUUUAGACAGGGAGGCAGCAGUGCAACUUUUGCUCUUGGAUGUUUUUUUGUUCUUUUUUCUUCCUCUUUUUCUUGCCUUGCUUUCGUGUUCACGAUCGUCAUCAUUGCUGGGUGUUUUCUGUUUUUUCUGUUUUCAUGUUAUUUCUUGUUCUUCUAGGUCUUUUUUUCUUCUUUUUCUUUCGUUUUGUUUUCUCUUUGAUAUACUGAUAUCUCUCCUUUUUUUUGUUUCCGCCUGGUUUCGGUUUUGUUUGAUUGUGGUGGGCGGCGACACGGGGGGUUUAGACGGCAACGGGAUCGAACUGACUGAGCGUACGUACUCUACUCCACGAUUUACGGAGGAGUGCGAGGUGCGGGGGCUAUGGGGAGUUACGGUGGGUUAAUGGCGAGAUCGGGG